AUGAUCAAGGUGGAUCUGAAAAAAGCCUAUGAUUCCUUAGAGUGGCCUUUCUUGAAAACCAUGCUGUCAGAGCUAGGAUUCCCUUUGAAGUUUGUGAAUUGGGUGAUGCAGUGCCUCUAUUCUGUUUCUUAUUCCAUUCUGAUAAAUGGUUGUCCCACUAAACCAAUUCCUGCAAAGAAAGGGUUGAGACAAGGUGAUCCCAUUUCACCUUAUUUGUUUGCUUUGGGUAUGGAAUAUCUGUCAAGGUGUCUUGCUGCUCUUGCUGAAGAUACUAACUUCUCUUAUCAUCCUAGAUGCAAAAAGUUGGAUCUCACCCAUAUGAUGUUUGCUGAUGAUUUGUUGAUGUUCUCCAGAGCUGAUGAGGGUGCUGUGAAAGCUCUUUUUGAUGCUUUUACCAAGUUUUCUUUGGCUUCUGGUUUGGAAGCUAAUUUGCACAAAAGUGAAGUUUAUUUGGCAGGUGUUUCUAAUCAUGUUGCUUCCAGUAUUGUUAGCUCAAUUGAGGUUCCUAAGGGUUCUUUCCCUUUCAGAUACUUGGGUGUCCCUCUUACAACUAGGAAGCUCUCCUUCACAGACUGCAAGCCUCUCAUUGAUAGAACUGUUGCUAGAAUCAAGAGCUGGACUUCUAAGUUCCUUUCCUAUGCAGGUAGGCUGCAACUGGUGAAAUCUAUUCUAGGAAAGCUUCUAUCUCUUGGGAGCAAUUGUGUUUCCCUAAGAGUUGUGGAGGGAAACACAAUUGCUUUGAAGCAAUUGUGUUUCCCUAAGAGUUGUGGAGGGAAUCUUAAAGAUCUAACUGUGUGGAAUAAAGCAGCAGUUUUGAAACACUGUUGGGCUUUAGCUUUGAAGCAGGAUAGGCUUUGGGUGAGGUGGAUUCAUGCUUAUUACAUUCAGCAUAGAGACUUCUGGACUAUGCCAAUUCCUAAUGGUUUAACUUGGUCAUUAAGGAAAAUUUGGCAUAAUAGAGAAGUAUUUCUGCAGGCAAAUGGAGUGGAUCAGUUUGUGCAAGCUGGUAAAUUCAGAAUUCAGAAAAUGUACAAGUUUCUUCAUCCAGUUGGAGCUCAGGUGGGAUGGAAGAGAUUGAUUUGUAAUAGCCAUGCUAGUCCAAAGAGCACCUUCAUUGUGUGGCUAGCAGUGCAGAACAGACUUGCUACAAAAGACAGAUUGAUAAGAUGGCAGCUGAAUAUUGAUGGUAUUUGUGGUUUGUGUCAGGUGGAAAAUGAAAACUUGGAGCACCUUUUCUUCUCUUGCUCCUAUUCUCAGGAGAUUUGGAAGCAGGUUCUGCUUUCUUUAGGUGUGAAUAGAACUGUGUUGCCUUGGCAUGAGGAAGUUCAGAUUGCAGUGAAGAAAAGCAGAAGCUCACAGAAGCAAGCUUGCAAGUAUAGUAUAGCUUUCAUUGAGUCUGUUUAUUGUAUUUGGUUGCAAAGAAAUGCUAAGGUCUUUAGGGAUCAUGUUGAUCCAGUUAAGACUGUAGAUGUCAGUAGUAGCCUCUGUGCUCAUUAG